AUGGACCCACGCCCACAAAUGAUGCGCGGGCCUUCUCCGAGGCCACCUGCGUCUGCAUCUGGUCCAACCAUGCAGCAGGUAGGACGACCUCGGCCACCCCAGCCACAACGAAGUCCGGCUCCUGGCUCUCGCGCUCAGGUGCGUCCGUCUCAUGUGCCUAUGGCCGGUCGUCGUAGUCCAAUGCCACCAUCACGCUCCCCGGUACCGCUAGCGCGCUCGCCUGCGCCUGGCGCCCGUCCUUCCAUGGCGCCACGAUCACCAGCGCCUGGUCCGCGUCCGUCACCUGCUCGGUCACCCGCGCCAGGCAUGCGUCCCAUGAUGCCGCCACGCUCACCUGUUCCAAGCAUGCGUCCAUCUCCUGCUCGCUCGCCAUUGCCCCGUCGCACUGGUGUGUCGCCUCGGCCUGGCAUGCCAGUGUCGCCAGCACAUGCUGCGCAAGCAGCCACAGCUGCAGCCACAGAAGCAUCUCAGGCAGCCAUGACGGCAGCUCCUGGCGCUGGCGCAGGAGCCGGUGUCACGAGACCCUCAGCUUCGACAGGAAUCGAGGCGCCUAUGAGCCGCAUGGGAUUGCAAGGUGCGCCAGUUGGCUCGACCGUCCGUCCAUCUGCAGCCCCAAUGGCCCCUGCUGCUACACCUGCGGCUGCACCUGCAGCAUCGGCAUCAGUAGCGCCACCAGCGGGACCUGCUCGUUCCAAGCGCGCUGCGCGUGCCUAUCACAAGGAUGCAUCUCCUGCGCUAGCUUCCAGUGGAUGGAACGACGUGGUGGCUCGUCCCCCGCCCAUACAGGCAGCGUGGCAGCAGCAGGCAGCUGCACGGGUCGACUACCGGCAGGCACAGUCGCCCCAGUCCGCACCCGAAGACAACUUUGAUUCUGCGCUGGAUCAGAUGCCUGGCACGCGCAAUGUGUUAUCGACGGCGCAGCUAGCGGCGAAUCGAGCUGCAAUGAGAACCAAUCCCGUCCACCCGGCGGUGCCAACGGCAGGCGCUAUGCCCAGCGCAGGUCUGCCACCGACUAUGGCACCAGGCAUGGGCCAGCCAGGCGUUGCAGGCAUGGAGCGGGCCACGAGUCGGCCCAAGAUUGAUCCUGAUCACAUCCCUAGCCCUGUCGAUGCACAGUAUGCGGACCAGCAGUUCUACUACCACGACAUGUACGGCACAUGUAGCCGCGAAGGCAUGCCGCUCAGCACGACCAACUUUGCUGCGAUGGACCAGGGCAACUGUUCGCCCAAGUUUAUGCGUCUCACGACGUAUUGCUUGCCGGCGACCGACGAAAUCGCAAAUACGUCCAAGCUGCCCAUUGCGCUCAAUGUACAGCCGUUUGCCCAGCUCCGUGCUGACGAAGAGCGUGUGCCGCUGGCCGACACGGGCGAAUCGGGACCUCCGCGCUGCAACCGGUGUCGGGCUUACAUCAACCCAUGGUGCUUGUUUGUGGAAGGCGGCAUGAAGUGGAUCUGCUGCUUGUGUGGCUGUGCGACAGAAGUAUCCCAGGACUACUUCUGCAACCUUGAUAUCAAUGGGCGCCGAGCGGAUCUAGAGUCACGGCCAGAACUCACUCAUGGCUCGGUGGACUUCUGUGCCCCCAGAGAGUACUGGGCUGUCCAAGCGCCGGCAGACGUCUCGGCCAUGCUACCUGUGCCAUCCAUCGUGCCCACAUACACGACAGAGCUCACGACAUCCACACGCUUGCAGGAUAACAUCGACCGUCUUGGCAACGCGCAAGGCGAGUCGGAGAGCACUAGUGCAGCAGCCAAGGCUGCAAAAGCGGCAGGUAACGCUGCGCUGGAGACACUGCAUCUCGGCAAGGGGCAAACGACCGUGCGGGCGCCCCGACCGCUCACGCAUCUAUUCUUGAUCGAUGUAAGCUUCAGUGCCGUACGCUGCGGUGCCUUGCAAACGUGUGUGCGAGCGAUUAAGCAGGCUUUGUACGGUACAGAGGUCGCCGCGCCCGCUGCCGAGCAGGGCGUGCCGGGCUUUGGCUUGCCGCCGGGCAGCCAAGUUUGUAUCAUGACGUUUGACCAGUCAUUACACUUUUACAACCUCGAUCCGCAGCUGGAGCAGGCGCAACAGCUGGUCAUGGCCGAUCUCGAAGACCCAUUCAUCCCCAUUAGCGAAGGACUUCUCGUUGAUCCCUGGGCCUCUCGACAUGUGAUCGAGGGCCUGCUAAACGACCUGCCGGCGAACUUUGCGAACUCGACCGUCGCUGAGGCGACCCUAGGUGUUGCGACUCAAAGUGCACAAGCCGUGCUCAAUGGGAUCGGUGGUCAGCUGAAUGUAUUCUUGUCGACGAUCCCGACGGUCGGGCCCGGUAAGCUAAAGCACCGUGAAGACACGAAAUUGUAUGGAACCGACCAUGAAAAGAACCUGUUUGGUCCACAGGAUGUUUUCUACCACAAACUGGGUGAGGAGUUCGCCCUGGCCGGUGUGGGUGUCAACAUCUUCUUUUUCCCUAGUCAAUACAUCGACGUGGCUUCUAUUGGGUUUAUGGCAUCAGAGUCGGGUGGUGAAGUAUUUUUCCACCCACGAUUCGACCCAGUUCGCGAUGGCUCGCGUGUCAUGGCCGAGGUGCAGCGCCUCGUGCUCCGCGAAACUGCUUACAAUGUCACCAUGCGUGUGCGGUGCUCGCCUGGUUUGCGCGUUGUCAAGCAGUUUGGCAACUUGCACAUGCACGGCAUCACCGAUGUCGAGGUCGGCACGUGGGAUGCCGACAAGGCCUUUUCCGUGCUCAUGCGCCACGAUGGCCGCUUGGAGGAAUCGCGUGAGGCGUAUUUCCAGUGCGCCACCCUGUACACGACAGCGACAGGGGAGCGGCGUGUACGCUGCCACACGCUUGCUGUGCCUGUGACAUCGGCACUGGGCAAUGUGUUCCGUUAUGCUGAUAUGGACUCGGCUGUCGCCUAUUAUGCAAAAGAAGCCGCGACACUCGCCUACACCAAGACACUCAAGGACGUCCGCAGCUAUUUGACGUCGAAAUGUGUGUCCAUUCUCCUAGCCUACCGCCGUAACUGCGCAUCCUCUACAAGUCCAGGCCAGCUGAUCUUGCCGGAAAGCUUCAAGCUUUUCCCAUUGUAUGUACUUGCUUUGAUCAAAAACAAGGCGAUCAAGGGUGGCAAUGUCACGUCGGAUGUGCGUGUAUUUUUCUUCCGCCUCUUGUUGUCUCAGGGCGUCGGCGCCAUCAUGUCGCUCCUGUAUCCCCGUAUGAUUGCAUUACACAUGCUUAGCCCCACGGAUGGCGUCCCGAUUCAGCCAGCCGAGGGCCUGACGCCCGAGAAGCAAGCCAUUGACAAUACUCUAAUCCGUUUCCCACAAAUGCCGCGGCCGAUGCGCCCGUCCUUCAUGCGUAUGGAGCCCCAUGGCGCUUACCUGCUCGAUAAUGGCGAAUGGUGCUUGCUUUGGCUCGGCGCGCAAGUCAGUCCCAAGUUACUGGAGGACCUGUAUGGUGUUACAUCGCUGGAUGAGCUGGACCCGCGUAUGACCAGCCUCCCGGUCCUGCCAACACCACUCUCUCAACAGGUUCGCAACAUUGUACAGGGCCUGGCGGAGCAGCACGGGAAGAUUUCUCUUCAGGUUGUGAUCGCGCGCCAAAAUCGCGACGGCAUGGAAGUCGAGUUUGCCAACAACCUCGUGGAAGACCAGAAUAACGACGCUAUGAGUUAUGUGGACUAUCUAUGCCAUGUCCAUCGCGUCAUUUCAUCCGAUAUGAACUCGGGCCGAGACGAAAAGGAUGCAAGUGCGUCACUCUGGAAAGGUUUCAUAUAG